UUUUGUUCACAGACGGAGAUACUUUUUAAAACAAGGCUGAUCCAGAGUGUUUGACACAGUGGUUACAAGGAGAAGAAGAUUGCGAUAUAAUUAAAAAGGACUCGUCCUUCUUGGCGACACAUGCGUGUUUUGAAAAGUGCUUGUUUGUCCUUAUAAAGGGCAUCGUCGGCAGAUGAAUAUGAUUAAACCUGAAACUAAGGGCAAAGUUGCUGCUAGUAAGAAAUCUGCCAUAGCAAACACGAAACAAAGACUGCGCAGUAUAAAUAUAAAGAAUGCAUUACUUCCUCGUUAUGAAAAUGAUGGCAGUGCUUUCAGCGCUCCAUUUUCUUACACUCUGUGGCACGGAAAUCUCAGCCCGACCCGGUACAGUCAUUGAUGCCGUCGCUGGACAAGAGGUUCAGUUCCCUGUGGACAAUCAGUGUGAAGAUCGAUAUGAAGUAACAUUUCGGUUACUAUCCUCGGUUGUUGCUGUCCUUGCCUCACGGGGAACGGACGGGUCUGAACGCCGACACCCAGUGUACGAGGACAGACUGUACUGGAGCGCGACUGAUUCCCCGGUGCUGUCCAACGUGCGGGUUACUGACAGUAAAAGAUACGGCAUCCAACUCAGCUGCUACGACCCAAACGCAACAGAUCCAAAUGAAGAAAUCUUCGAUUUGCGUGUGUUUGAACCAGUUUCAAAGCCCGUGAUAAAAAAAACUGGGAAUUGUUCAUCUCCAAAUAUUACUCUGAGCUGCUCUGCCUCCAGUGGAACAAAUGUCACAAUCUGUUGGGAAAUUCUAUCCCUGUCUGGAGACAGCAGAACCUUUGAUGGGCCAGAACUGGUGAUAAACCAUGUGAAUGAAUGGCAACAAUACACACUCAGAUGCACAGCAAAGAACAGAGUCAGUAAUGCAAGUAGUGAACAAAAUAAAACAGACCGAUGCAAUAGAAAUAAUUUUCCACGUACAGGUCAGAAACUACUCUGGUUCUCAACUGCACCAAUAUUACUUUUAACUUUGAUAUUAAUCAUAUUCAUCUGCUACAAGGUAAAGCAGGGUGCCACUAAUAAAGGACGUAACAGAGCAAGACAAAGACCUGAAGAGAAAAUCUUUUGCCUUCCAGAUGAACUUAUUGAGCCCACCUAUGUUACCACACUUGACUCACACUGAACGCUGCCAAUUAUCUGCAAAGUGGCACUUGCAGUGUUUGCCUCCAUAUGAAGAAAAGCUUUUGGAGCAAGUAACUAAAAACUGGAAGAAAGUGAUUGAACCUCACCAAUGGCAGAAUGAGGAUCAGUUUUAUGGGGUCUUCGUUCAACACUGUCAGAGAAUGAAUUCCAAGGCAAUGUAAUUACAAUUACACAUUUCAUAGUGUCUAUCAUUGUCCAACUAAACUGAAAUUAAUUGCCAAACUCAGCAUUCCAAACAUGCCUGCUCCCAGGAGGCAGGUGUGGAUGUUUAUGAGAAGCCUGGCAAUUUAUAUCUCUGAGAAUCUGCAGAUACUAUCGCCAAUUGUGUCACUUUGUUUCUCCAGCAGGGAUCAGCACAUUCAUGCACAUUUGUACAAAAGGAAUCAAUAAUCUUCUGUGUUGAACAAUUGCACAUCAAGAAUACGAUUCAGUUCUAUUGGGAUACAGGACAUUAUGCUUUCAUACUUCCAGAUAAAAUUCAUGGGCUAGAUUUGUAACUUACUGCUCAGGCAGAAAAUUGGGAUUGAGGAUAGCCAAUUUCAAUAAAAAUUGGCUAGCUUUCCACCUCCACACUGCCAGUUUUGCAGGCAGGCAACAUAUUGAAAAUAGACUCCAUGAUAUCAAACACUGUAAGCGGCAACCAGGGCAUAUUGGAGAUAGUGUGAUCAACUAUCCAGUAGCUUUCACUGUUAAGUUCACGAACAUCAAGUGGUCAAUUGGUUCCUGAGGUCACUUGGAAUAUCAUCCUCUUCACAGAAGCGGACAAUGUUUGUGGAUUUAUGAUUGAAAUUACUCAACAACAUGCUUUAGCACUUUAGCAGGGAUAUCAUCUGCUUCCAAGGCCUUGUUGUAUUUUAGCUGGAAUAUGCCCUUUUCAACUUCUUGUUGGUCAGGAACGAGAACAAGGCAGGACUAAAUAGGUUGCUAUACUCACCCAUUUAUUAAUUAUUAAAGACAAAAGAAAAAAUAUUUGGUCCAUUUGGGUAUUUGUAAAUUUUAACCAACAUGAUGAAUCAUAGUUACCGUCAAAUAACAUCUCUGGCACAGAAAAUGUAAUUUUAAAACUAUGGUCCCUUUCCCUCAAAAUUUAAAUAG